UGUGUGUCCUCUGUGCUGCAUCCAACGCUUCCAGCAUGUCCGGCCGCGGGAAACAGGGAGGCAAAGUCCGAGCUAAGGCCAAGUCGCGCUCGUCGCGGGCCGGCCUGCAGUUCCCCGUGGGCCGCGUUCAUCGGCUUCUUCGAAAAGGUAACUACGCGGAGCGGGUGGGUGCUGGAGCUCCUGUCUAUAUGGCCGCCGUGCUGGAGUACCUGACGGCCGAAAUCCUGGAGCUGGCGGGCAACGCGGCCCGCGACAACAAGAAGACGCGCAUCAUCCCCCGCCACCUGCAGCUCGCCAUCCGCAACGACGAGGAGCUCAACAAGCUGCUGGGCAAGGUGACCAUCGCGCAGGGCGGCGUGCUGCCCAACAUCCAGGCUGUGCUGCUGCCCAAGAAGACUGAGAGCCAUAAAGCUAAAAGCAAAUAACUUGGCGAGCAAAGCUUCUCAGACUUUGCACGACGUAACAUUUUAAACCAAAGGCUCUUUUCAGAGCCACCCACUUAAUCAGAAAAGAGUUGUGUUGCUUUCUUUACAAAGGUGGUCUGGUGCUGAGUCUUAUAUAGUACUACGUUUAACUCGAACUUGUGUGACAGUGCUUUAAAACCUGGUUUAUACUGAAGAGGGCUGAUAUAUUUGCUUAUUGACCUGCGUUUUUAAAUGAACUUUAGUGUUUU